AAAGCAAUGAUUUUGGUAUGCAUGCCUAUUGACUCCUUCAGGAAGCCCUAGAGUGAGCAACGACCUUCUCCCUCAUCGAAUCUUAAUCCUACUGUAGAUCUGUUUCCACUUCCCCCGGAUUGCUCUCUGCUUCUUCCUUUUUCACACCUUCAAUCGCCAUGGAUGAAGAGUAUGACGUUAUUGUGCUUGGAACCGGUCUCAAGGAGUGCAUCCUCAGUGGUCUUCUCUCUGUCGAUGGCCUCAAGGUUCUGCACAUGGAUAGGAAUGACUAUUAUGGAGGGGAAUCUUCAUCGCUUAAUCUCAUUCAGCUUUGGAAACGGUUCAGGGGAGAUGACAAGCCACCUGCCCAUCUGGGUUCUAGUAGGGACUACAACGUGGACAUGAUUCCAAAGUUUAUGAUGGCCAAUGGAACACUUGUGCGUGUUCUUAUUCAUACGGAUGUAACCAAGUAUUUGUCUUUUAAAGCCGUUGAUGGUAGCUAUGUGUAUAAUAAGGGAAAGAUCCACAAAGUUCCAGCCACGGAUAUGGAAGCACUUAAAUCUCCACUUAUGGGUUUAUUUGAGAAGCGCCGCGCUCGGAAGUUCUUCAUCUUUGUUCAAGAUUAUGAUGAAAGUAAUCCUAAGACACAUGAGGGAAUGGACUUGACAAGACUGACAACAAAAGAACUGAUUGCAAAAUAUGGACUCGAUGACAACACCAUUGACUUCAUUGGUCAUGCAUUGGCACUUCAAAGAGAUGAUCGCUAUCUUGACCAGCCGGCACUAGAUACAGUAAAGAGAAUGAAGCUUUAUGCGGAGUCUCUGGCACGCUUUCAAGGAGGGUCUCCGUACAUCUAUCCUCUAUAUGGACUAGGGGAGCUUCCACAGGCAUUUGCUCGCCUUAGUGCUGUCUACGGUGGAACAUAUAUGUUAAACAAACCUGAGUGCAAGGUUGAAUUCGAUGAGGAAGGAAAAGUUGUUGGUGUCACAUCAGAAGGGGAAACUGCCAGGUGCAAAAAGGUUGUCUGUGAUCCUUCCUACUUGCCCAACAAGGUCAGGAAGGUUGGUAAGGUUGCUAGGGCCAUUGCCAUAAUGAGCCACACCAUACCAAACACCAAUGAUUCCCAUUCGGUGCAAAUUAUUUUACCGCAGAAGCAGUUGGGUCGCAGAUCAGACAUGUAUGUUUUCUGUUGCUCAUACUCUCACAAUGUUGCUCCAAGAGGCAAGUUUAUUGCUUUUGUUACCACAGAAGCUGAGACUGAUCAUCCAGAGGCAGAACUGAAGCCAGGAAUUGACCUGCUGGGGGCCGUUGAUGAGAUAUUUUUUGAUACAUAUGACAGAUACGAGCCAGUCAAUGAACCAACUCUGGACAAUUGCUUUAUAUCCAUGAGUUAUGAUGCUACAACACAUUUCGAGUCAACUGUCAUUGAUGUGCUCAACAUGUAUACAAUGAUAACUGGCAAGGCUGUGGACCUGAGUGUGGAUUUGAGUGCUGCUAGUGCUGCAGAAGAAUAAGAAUGAAUGAACAAGCCUUGGACUGCAUUGUAAUUCCUGCUUCUCUUUUUUCAUUCUCUACUAUCUACCAAAAACUAAAACUUAGAGAUGUGCCUGUAUUUGCCUUGUGAAAAAGUGAUUUGAUUUGGUCCCCUUUGGUUUAUUUUUGGUUUCAAUGGACUGAUUAUAAUGUGUUGAUGCACUGAUUGCUUCAAAAUUUCCAUCGAGUCUGUGUUAAUCGAAGAAUCAGAGUUGAUUUACGAAUCAAAUUUUACACCUUCAAUACA